CUUUGAACUGGACUUAAGGCGUGUGAGCCCUUUAAAAUUCUAAAAUCUGUCGCCACAGCAAGGCAUCUCAAAAUUUUAGUUAUCCUCCUCUAGGCAUUUGGCAAAACUUAGGAGCUCCAGGAUGGUGCGAGUGAUCGAGGACAUGUUUGGCAUUGCCGUCAACCCGAUGACGCAGAAGACCGACCGGGUUCGGCGCUUCACGCUGAGCACAGAGCGUGGCAUGUCGGUGUCGAUCCUAACGAUGGGUGCCAUCAUCCAGUCCUUAAAGGUUCCCGACUUCAACGGCAAGCUGGAGGACGUGUGCCUGGGCUACGACGACGUGGCAGGGUACUACCGUAACCAGCAGUGCUUCUUUGGAGCCACCAUUGGCCGGGUUGCCAACCGCACAGCACAUGGUCGCUUCAAGCUCUGCGGCAAGGAGGUCAGUGUGAGUCGAAAUAUUCGGGAUAGACAUCACCAGCACGGCGGAUUCGUGGGCUUCGACAGCGUCAUCUGGGACGUGGUGGGGGUGCACAAAGACGGCGUCACCUUGCAGCACAUCUCGCCGGACGGGCACGAGGGCUAUCCGGGCGAGCUGACCACCAACAUUAACUUCUCGCUCAACGAGACGGGCUGCUUUGGGAUGCGAAUAGAGGCGCGGACGAAGGCUACCACGGUGGUGAACAUCUCGAACCACAGCUACUUCAACUUGGGCGGCCACGGCGCCGGCCGAGAUCCGCUCUAUCAGCACAUGCUGAUGAUCAAGGCCCAGAAGAUAGUGGACGUGGACCAGGAGCUGCUGCCCACCGGGAAGUUAAUGCGCGUGCGCACCACGCCGUACGACUUCUCCAGCCUAGUCAGUCUGGGCAAGCGGCUCAAUCAGGUGUCCGCUUGCCCCUUGGGCGGCUUCGACAACCAUUUCUGCGUAGACAUUCCUCCCAACCGGGUGCAACUGGUGGCCCGUGUGGUUCAUCCAUGCAGCGGCCGUUUCAUGGAGGUGCACACCAACCAGCCGGGCCUGCAGUUCAGCACGGCCAACCAUCUGCCGGACGAGGACAGCGCGGACAUACCCAACGUGGGCAAGGAUGGGGUCCGCUAUGUCCGCCAGGGAGCCUUCACCCUGCAGACGCAGAAGUACCCCGACGCAAUGAACCACUGCGACUUCCCCACAAUCGUGCUCAAUCCUGGCCAGCUGUACGAUCACCAGGUGGUUUACCGAUUUGGCGCCUGUCCCAAGCGAGUGUAGCUAUUUAGUUAGUGCUCCCAAAAUUUGGACUCUCAAAUUUAACUGGCAGUGCAAUCAUUAUGGUUAGCAGUGUCAGAAAUGCAUUUUUUAUUAUCGUUCUUAAUUUCAUAACAAUAAAUUUUCAAUGAAAACUGA